UGUGCCCCGGGAACGGCCCAAGAAAUGGCAAAAAGACAAAAAAAAAAAAAAAUUAAGAUAAUGAGAUGUUUGGAGUUCCCUUGUGGUGUAGUGGGAUAAACAUUCAUCAUUGUUGCUGCAGUAGCUUGGGUCUGAUCCCUGGCCCAGGAACUUCCACAUGUCACAGGCAUGACCAAGAAAAAUAUUAUGAGAUGUUUCAGGGGGUGGUUUGUGGGUAUUUGGAACUCUGAGGUGGAGUUUGGGAUGGAGACUAAUCCAAAAGUUAGUGGGGAGUGUGUGGACCAGGUUACCUUAAUGGGGGGAAUCCUGGUCAGGAUGAUAAUGGUCAUAAUAGCCCAGGAAGGGGAGAGUAGGUUUGGGGACUAAGUUUCCUGCUUUGGCCCAUGGUUUUGAGAGGUGAGUAUCAUAACAGGUGAGGGAGGUGAUCAUGGAGAGGAUGGGUUUGGCAUGUGACCAGAGCCUCGAAGGGGUCGGUGGAUAUGAGAUGGAUGUAGAGGCAUCAUCAGGAGUAAUGCAAACAAGACGGUGCUUUUUAAGUGCUCUGUAGACUCACCAGGACUUUGUUGUAACCUUUGAUGGGACCUGAGUGGCUCUAGUCAGGCUGGUGGAUUACCAUGGAGACCCAAGUGGUCAUUUAGGAGACUCACAGAUGGGGUAGAGGACCAGGGGCUGGGCCUUGAAUGAGGGUUAGGUGGAGAGAGGAAAGCCAUGACUGGUGAGGGUUCAUCAAGUGCAGCAUGAGUGGAGGAGGGCCAAGCGUAUCUGAGAUCUCUUUUCCUUCUCAGCAGUAGAGGUUGAAACAAAGAACAGGCAAGGAAGGAGGACCUCAUAGCAGGACUCAAGGCUCUCUUUGUCAGUAGGGACCAUUAGCCUCAAGGGUAGUACUUGAUCCUGUUUAAAUUUGCCAAGCAUUCUGUGGACAUACGCUGAGUAACAAGUAGGCCAAGGAGAUGAUUAUGUUAUAUGGCAGGAAGGGCCUGUGGCUGUGAGAGUGCAGUUGUGAGAGAGUUGUGAUGCAAAGAGUAAUGUACACAUGCAGAGGGACCGUGAACUCAUGACCCCCAAGACAUAGGAGUGGAUGGUGAGCCCAUGGUUAGUUGUGUCUGGGAGAAAUGAUCUGGGGAGACUCGGGGAAGUUGCCUGAAAAGAGGGGGAUUUGUGGCUUUAUAUGAAAGAUCCAGAGCUUAGAUAACAUCUAUCUGCCCACCUGCCUAUUGUCGUUGAAAGUUGACACAGUGAUCAGUAGAAACAUGGUGAAACAAUGGGUAUUGGUUCCACCUGGCUUGGAAAUCAUUACUGAUAUGGGGAAGGGAGGUGGGUAAGCAGGUGAUAGAUUGGGGAGGUGGUGAAAUUAGAAUCCUCAGGGGAAAUCUGGUCAUGAAAUGAACUAUCCGCAUCAUGGCAAGGCUGUGUGACUUUUGAAAUUGUACCUGUGGGAAUGCAGCUAUAAGAGCAAAGUGUGGUUCAAAGAAUGAUGUGCAGGAAGCUCCCUGGUGGCAUAGCUGGUUAAGGAUCCAGCAUUGUUGCUGCAGCAGCCCUGAUUGCUGCUGUGAUGUAGGUUUGAUCCCUGGCCUGGGAACUUGCAAAUGCCACAGGCACAGCCAAAAAAAAAAAAAUGUUCAUGUGAAGAGAUAGUGUGAACUAAUGGCCCUCGGAUCCUGGAGUUGGGGUCGUAAAGGUGAAAAAAAGACCAGUGUCAGAUCACUUGCACUCUCUUGGUGGCCAUCCUCUCUCCCUAACCUAUGUGACAUGCAUCAUAUUGACAAGAGGCAAUGUGGCCUACAUGCAGGGUCAGAGCUCUGAUAGCAUCUUUCUGCUCAUCUGCCUACUGAUAGGGGAAGAUGCAGUAUCAAUGGGAAUAUAAGGAGAGAGUGACUCUAAUGGCACCAAGGCCUGGUAUCUCCUCUGAGGUGGGGAAUAGAGUGGGCAGAGGAUACAUGGGGGCAGGGGGUGUUGUAUGAGGAGAUUGAAAUCCUUGGUGAGAAGCUGAUCAUGGAAUGAACUGUCUCCAUUAUGACAGGGUAUGAACUUUGAGGAUGUGGCCAUUGACUUCUCCCAGGAGGAGUGGGUGAUCCUUGAUGAGGCUCAGAGAAUUCUGUACUACAAUAUGAUGCUGGAAAACUUUGCACUUGUAGCUUCCCCGGGUAAGACCUUCACAACAUUUCUAGUGUCCUGAGUUGAUGUCCUGUUCUUCCUUUCUUCCCCAGAGUUAGCUUGGUCGUCUCCACAGCUGGGCCAUGGGCUCUGCUGAUUUCCUCCACUUUUUUGCAUUUAUGCUGUGGGUGCCAGCACCAAGCCAUGUGUAGUGAGUGCCCUGAGCAGUGGACUCCUCAAGCAGCCUUAGUGCCUAUUACUUCCAAAGUGUGGGUAUGGGUCUGAGAGUCAGGAAUCUCACAGUCAGCUUGAUAAAUCCCACUCACUUGCCCUCUCCCUGGUGGAGAGACUGUCCAGAUCCAUGAUCUUCAGUUCUUCUCCCUUCCUCUAGGUAACAAUUCUUUGUAACUGCUUGUGCCAGGUCAUGGUCAUCUCUCACAUGAAUCAUAGGCUUUUCUUUUAAGGCUCUCCUUUAGUUGUUUUUUUGUAAUGUUUUACCCUGAUACUGUCAUAGGCCAAGUUACUCUGGGUCAGUGUUGGACACACUUAUGCUGUCUUUCAUUAAGUCUUGCAUUAUUCAGGUUUUGAGUAGCCGCACAAUGGCAGGUGCAGGGAGAACCCUGGUUGUUUUACAGACUAGACAUGGUGAGAUGUUCUUAGAGGAGAGGAGGCCUGGGCCUGGUGAGUGGCAACUGGGGGAGGAACAUAACAUCACAGCUGUGUUCACAUCAUACCAGGAGCCUGCCCUGUAGUGUCCUUGGUGCAGUUGCCACUGGCCACACCUCAUUUCUGCCUUCUCAUACUUGACACUUAGCAGAAUCGUCAUUUCAUCUGUCAGUUCUGGCUCCUGUCUGCCUUUACCUUUGUGGCCUCUCUUGGUCACUUCUGCACUGCUCCCUCUGCAAUGUUCUCCCUCUGCACAUGUAUCAUGAGUUGUACACAUAUCCUUAAAUAGCCCUUGAACACCAGCUACUCAGUUCCAGUUGAAUUUUACCGUGGUAUGACACAACCCAGCCUUGCCCACAGCUGAAGAUGGUUGGUGGAGGAACAAGUUGGAGACCUUGCCUCAACUCCAUAUGAUAUGUAUCCUAUUCUCAUGUCCUUUGUCUGGUGAGGUCCCCCCUAUUCUACGAUCUUCAAAGGCCUGCCCACUGAUGCCAAGCAGCUGCUUCCUCAGUCUGCCACCAAAUCCCCUGUUUUUAGAAAAAACCUCUGACUCAUUCUUUGUUGUGUCUGACACACCUUUGUAAUGAGGAUUCACUCUCUUACCUCCUACCAAAGUCAACAUGCAUUUCUUUAGCGUUUCUCUGCUUUCAAGUUGUUGGCAUGGAACAGAAGAUGAGGAGGCCUCUUCUGAGCAGAGUACAUCUGUAGAAGGGGAGUCACAGGUCAGGGCUUCUAAGGCAGGUCCAUCCACCCAGAAGACCCACCCCUGUGAAAUGUAUGUUUCAGUCUUAAAUGAUAUUUUGCACCAAACAGAACACCAAACAAUACACUUUUUGCACAAACAACACUUGGGUGGCACGUGUGUGAGAUGCUUCUGUUUCUGUGCAAAUCUUCAAUGGCAACAGGCAUGACAGUGGAGAGAAGCCCGGGAAAAGACAUGUGGACAAGGCCUCAUUUGUGAGAAGCUGCAGCUUCCUUGUGUCAGAGAAGCUUUUCACCUGUAGGGAAUUUGGGGAUAACUUUCCAGCCACCUUGGUCCUUCUCCAGCAACAGGUCAUUCCCAACAGUGAGGAGCCACAAAGUGGCAGUGAGAGGGGCAGGCCUUUCACAGUGAAAAAAGUCGUCAUAAUAAGUGGGAUAAAUGUGAAAAAGUUGCCAGCCACAACCACACACUUAUUCAAGACCAAAGGGUCUGCUCUGAAGAAGCACUUUAUGAAUUUAACAAAUGGCAAUGGCAACUACAGACUUGUUCAGCACCAGAAAAUUCACCCUGGACAAAGGCCAUAUGAGUGUGGUGAAUGUGGGAAAUUCUUGACCCAAAUUUCUGGCCUUGUUAAACACCAGAAAAUUCACAGUGGUACGAAGCCUAACAAAUGCCCAGAAUGUGGAAAAAUAUUUACCCACAUCUUUAGUCUUAAAAAACACUGGAGAGUUCACAGAGGAAAAGGGACUUAUGAAUGCAAUGAAUGUGGGAAAGCCUUUAACCACAAAUCCAAACUCAUUCACCACCAGAGACAAUACACUGGAGGAAUGCAUUAUAAGCGUGAUGAAUAUGAAAAGUCCUUUAGCUACAAAUCCAACCUCAUUGAACACCAGAGAGUUCACACUAAAGAAAGACGUUAUGAAUGCAGUGAAUGUGGGAAGUCCUUUAUACACAGUUCUAGCCUUGUCCGACACCAGAGAGUUCACACUGGAAAAAAGCCUUAUGAGUGCAGUGAAUGUGGGAAAGCCUUUAGACAAAUUUUAUUUAUUUUUAUUUAUUUAUUUAUUUUGUCUUUUUUUGCCUUUUCUAGGGCCGCACCCACAGCAUGUGGAGGUAGCUUGUCCUUUGCAGCCAAAAGUCAGAUCUCAAGCUGUAUAAAUUGUCGGAACUACAUUGCCCAGGAUGUUCCGAAUCGAGCAGCAGCGCUACCCAAUGAGAGCUUAGGAAGAGGAGGCUACGUGAAGUGA